UGUUGCCUCUGUGUGUGUGCUCUCCUGCCGUAACCUGUGUUGGCUCUGUUGUGUUCCUGUCGUGCUCUUGUAGGACAGGUGCUGUGUUAGACGUGCUAGCCGCGCUUUGACAGUGCUGUGUUAAGAACGCUCAAGGUGCUGCGUUAGACGUGGUAGCCACGCUCUGACAGUACUGUGUUACGAACGCUCGAGGUGCUGUGUUAGACGUGCUAGCCGCGCUUUGACAGUGCUGUGUUAAGAAUGCUCAAGGUGCUGCGUUAGACGUGGUAGCCACGCUCUGACAGUACUGUGUUACGAACGCUCAAGGUGCUGCGUUAGACGUGGUAGCCACGCUCUGACAGUACUGUGUUACGAACGCUCAAGGUGCUGCGUUAGACGUGGUAGCCACGCUCUGACAGUACUGUGUUACGAACGCUUAAGGUGCUGCGUUAGACGUGGUAGCCACGCUCUGACAGUACUGUGUUACGAACGCUCGAGGUGCUGCGUUAGACGUGGUAGCCACGCUCUGACAGUACUGUGUUACGAAUGCUCGAGGUGCUGUGUUAGACGUGGUAGCCACGCUCUGGCAGUACUGUGUUACGAAUGCUCGAGGUGCUGUGUUAGACGUGGUAGCCACGCUCUGGCAGUACUGUGUUACGAUCGCUCAAAGUGCUGUGUUAGACGUGGUAGCCACGCUCUGGCAGUACUGUGUUACGAUCGCUCAAAGUGCUGUGUUAGACGUGGUAGCCACGCUCUGGCAGUACUGUGUUACGAUCGCUCAAAGUGCUGUGUUAGACGUGGUAGCCACGCUCUGGCAGUACUGUGUUACGAUCGCUCAAAGUGCUGUGUUAGACAAGUAUGUGGUUUUCACUCACGUGCAAAAGGCGCUUUGCUAGAUGAGAUUGUGGUGCUCUGUGACCUGCUGUGCAGGUGUGCGCGGCUGUGCAGGUGUGCGCGAGUGCUGUAACAAUCUGCGAUUUGCAGAAAGUCUCGAGAAUCCCUGUAAAUAAAAGGCCCUUUUUUCAUUCAUCUUUGAGUUUAAUCCUAAAUAUCCAAGAAUCAAAUAGUGAACGGAAAUCCUUCCAUUAGUGUUAGUUUAAUGGUGCUAACGCAUGCAACUGGCGGCUAAAACUGAAAAAAAUAUAUGUAAGAAAUGCAUAUUUGACUGCGGCCUAGCGGCCACAGGUGUCGAGGUGACUUUAGAGACAAGAAGGAAAAUAAAUACCGAGAUUAUGACGCACGAAGGAUCGUCGAAUGGGCAGGUUACCUGAGAAACCUGAGCGGUGUCGGCAGUUCUUCACCACUUACCCCUUUCUGUUUACCUGGCAGUGGAAAAGCAGAAUGAAGUAUAGUGAGAAAAGUAUACGACUGGGAAGUUAAAACUGAUGCAGAGGUGGAUAUUAAAGUUGAUAGUGAGCAGGAAGAUAGCGCCUGGAUGGCUCAGUAAACAUGGCUGCACCAUCCUCUCCUUCAUGUACUCUCUGGACUAGGUGUGGAUGAAGGCUACCGUGAUGAGGGUGUUGGUCAUUACUCUGGGCAGGUCGUCUGGGCUUCGCCGAAGCGAGCCGGAUAGCAACUCGAAUCCCCCUAUAGAACAUUCCAAAAACAAGGUGGACUCGCAUAGUUUCAUCGGCCAGCCGCAGACGCUGAGAGUGGAGUCUCCAGAGCCGGGAAUCCUCAGGAGGGCAGUGGUGAAGAGUGCUAGCGUUAAAUACUGCCAGGAGUAUUCAAAUAGCGGAGCUGAUUCGAAAUCGCGGGAGUCGAUCAGGGCACUGAUUCCCGCAGAGCAGAAUGAAGCCAAAUCAGCCAGGGUGACGAGAAUUCCCAGAGAGACCAUGGCCGGCCAUCGCAGUAAGUUGGUGAGGAACUCAUCCAUCAGUAAGUGGAGAGCUAAGUUUAGGCGACCACCUCUGUCCUCGGAGACCGCAAGAGAGACAGACACGGAGCAGUUACUUGAAGCGGAGGAAAAGGUCAAGCCACGUCGCAAAACAGAGAGCAAAUUCGGUCGAGAUGCAAAUUUGCUAAAGUGCAAAUUGCGUAGCCACGUUUCGGAAUCUUCUUCAAAUGGCUGUAGGAGCAGCAACAGUAGUAAAAAUAAAAGCGUUAUCAGUGUGACGAAGAACAAAAUUCACGAGAAACAUGACGGUAGCAACGGCAGUAAGAACCGGUCUGCUGUCAGGGAGGAGGUAGAGGGCUACAUGUCUCAAGUCCAGAGUAGCGAGAUCUGCGAUGAGUGGUCCAGCGUACCCAGGAGUGUGACACUCCGCACAGCUCAGCUCAGGGCACACCUUCCCAGGGUGAGCCACAGCACUCAGAGAGACAAGGAGACUUCCUAUUAUCUCCACAGGGGAAGUAUCCAGGUGGCCACCAGUCCUCAGAGACCUGGUGGCGGCCCAGAGUCGGCGUGUAAUCAACGCUCGUACUCAGUGGGACGUCCCAUGUCCUCUGCAGAAGGACAUAUGGGUUCAUGGCCUCGGCCUUCAAGAAUCAAUGGUGUCCAGGCUACGCAAAGCGGUCACAUGAGGGUACCACUGCUGUGCCCACGGGCAGUGAGUGUGCCCAGUCCACCAAGUGACCUUGGCGGGUCACACACACCCGGCGGAUCUUAUUCUCAUUUCGGCACAUUCCCACGUAGAAGACCCUCCCAAAAAGGUAAGUCAUUGGUGCAAUUUUUAUACUCAACCUUUGUAACCUGCCGAGAAGGUUUAUGACAUGCUGGUAAUUUACAGCGACCGCCCGCCAUUACAGUGUUGUAACCACUGCUCAGCAAACUUCGUCAAGUGACGAGUGUCCAGAUACAUAGUGCUGGUGGAGUCUAGUCUACUGCUGAAGUAUAUUCUAAGAUUGGGAACAUUCUUCACCCGGAGUAACAUUCUUCACCCGGAGUAACAUUCUUCACCCGGGGUAACAUUCUUCACCCAGGGUCACAUUCUUCACCUGGGGUCACAUUAUUCACCCAGGGUAAUUUCU